AUGAAGUUUCCGACUACCAAGGCGGCUGUCUUGACGCUAGCUCUAUUCGAGACUUGCAAUGCUCUCCAAGUGACCAUCCUCGCAGAUACCAACCGCGAUGGAAAAAUCGACAAGAAAGAUAACGAUGGCAAAUCUUCAUGGACCGCUAAUCGUGGCGCCUUAAUCUUACCGAACAUCGGCGAUACUGGCCGUCGUUGUGCUAAGCAAUGGGGACCCAGCGUCGACAUCAUCCCGAGCAAUGAGACUUAUUUGGACCUGUGCAACGAUGCGACAGAUGACAUCCAACGUAACCCAAAAUAUCUUGCGCCACUCAAAACGCUUCCCAUAUCCGGAUUGAGUCCAUCUGCCAAGGGAUCCAUCCGGGUCACCGAUAGAGCAGCCGCAGCAAAAGUCCGGGUCUUCACAAAGAAGGGUAACAAGUGGAUCUACGUAUCAGGCGAUUAUGUGUUCUCGGCCAAGGAGCUUUCGUCGGGCCUCGAACUGGGUAUUGAUGCCCGCGAUGUCCGUCGUCCCAAGGGUUGGGAUGGCAAUGCAAAGAUACAGUUCACAGUCACCGAUGGCAAGACAAAAUCAAUCGACACCGUUGCUGUCCGAGUUGCCCCUGUAUUGACUCAUCACCACGGGCAGGUGGCCCAGCGUGUCUUCUCAACCGGUGUGAACGAGCCUGGCUCCAACCCUGUUCAGCAGCAGUAUGUGGAUGAUAUCAAGCGCAACGUCGCCAGUUCUGGUAUCAAAGACCCAAUCUUCCUCUUCGACAACCAAGAUAUCUGGACACAAGACUUUUUCGAGCCCGGUUAUUCUAGCAUACCUGGCCCGAAUGGCCCGAUUAAUAUCCGAAUCAUGAUCCGAUCAGUCCAGAGCUCCCGUAGGUCCGGCCGCGACGCGUUCCAUGAGCUCCGAAACGACAAGGUCGGCGCAGUUCAACAUCCAGGUGACGGCGACACCAUCGACUCCACUGGAAACCUGGAGACCAUUCCGCCCUACAAGCACAAUGGAAAGUCGUUCCCUCAGGGCAGAACGAUCAUGGGCGCUUGGGAUGGAAGAGCCCCUCUCAUGGUUGACUUUCUCAAGGCCCAAGAAGUUCAAGACCCUCUGAUCCUCGAUACAAGCUGGUUGUACGUUGGCCAUGUGGACGAGUUCCUCCAGUUUUUGCCUGCCUACAAUGAGCGUGGAUGGAUCAUUAUGGUUGCAGAUCCGCUCAAAGGCCUUGAUCUACUGAAGAAGGCGUCCAAGGCCGGUCAUGGAAGUGUCAAGGCUGUUUCCCGUUCACUUCAAGUGGAAGAGAAGAAGCAGGAGCUGUGCCUUCCCAGGCAGACUAUCCAAGAGGCUCUCAAGUUUAAGAAUUUUGAAGCCAUCCAGAAAAGCUCGGCUCAGCGCAUUGAAGCCAAUCUCAACAUUCUCAAACGAGAGACUGGACUCACUGACAAGGAUAUCUUCCGAGUUCCUAUGCCUUUCUACUAUGCCGAGUCGGACAGCUGGUUAUGUCCCGGACAGAAGCCAUCAGACUCAAAUGCAGAGGAAGAUACCUCCAAAACGCCUCAAAAGACCUCAAGUAAGACCGGUAUCACGUUGAAAGGAACUAUGGGACCUGGUUACAAGGCCAAAUCGAUCGUGGAGGCAGGCACUCCCAAGAACUCAUUGCAACGACGCGCGGUUGAUACAGCUACCCAAGUUCUAGCUCUCUGGCCGGGUACCGUCAAUGGCCUGGUUCUGCCGGACCAAAAGGUCCUUGCACCCAAGCCUUGGGGUCCUGUAAUCAACAAGCAGGACAUCUUUGCGAAUGCUGUAUCUGAGGUAUAUGCCAACGCUGGGUUCAAUGUUACUUAUCAGGAUGAUUGGUUCUCUCACUUCAAGUUGCAAGGAGACGUGCACUGCGGCAGUAACUCUUGGAGGGCUAUAGAUAUCAAGUUUUAGAAAGUUAUUUGCUUGGAUACUGAAUGGCUA